GUUCCACUGAAAUGCGCACAAAACAAUAUGUACAUUGGCUUGGGUAUGCAAUUUCAAACUUUCUAAUAAAGCCAUUUCAUUAAAAUCUAAAAUCUUCUCCAAGCAAUCAAACUUCAUCUUUGUCCUGCAUCUAUUUUUCAGCUGUUUCGAUACGGAAAAUACAGUCGGCAAAGCGCAAAAGUGAUCCUUAUCUUUAUAAAUUUGGAAGCUAAAGAUAAAGUGAUACAGUGAGCUAAAAAGGUGAACCCAUGGAGUCAAACAAGAAAAGCUUAGGGCAAUGGAUCCUCCUGAUAUUAAACUGUGCGGCUCUGUGCAUUGGCGGUACCGCAGGUUCCUUGUUAGUUCGCUUCUAUUUUAUACACGGUGGCAAUCGCAAAUGGGUUAAUGCAUGGCUACAGACUGCAGGCUGCCCUCUUCUCAUUUUGCCCAUUUGGAUUUCUUCCCGCAGAAAACAGCCCUCUGCAGAAAACAUCCAUAUAACUCCCAAGCUUUGCCUUGUGUGCGUUGUAAUCGGUGUCCUCACAGGCUUCGAUAAUUUCUUGUAUUCAUGGGGGAGUGCCUACUUACCCCUCUCCACCUUCUCUCUCCUCCUUGCCCCUCAGCUUGCCUUCAAUGCAUUCUUUGCCUUCAUCUUAGUAAACCAGAAGUUUAGCUCAUAUUCAAUCAAUGCCCUAAUUUUGGUCACCAUGGGAACAGUUUUGCUGGCCUUGCACGCCAGCGGUGACAGGCCGAAUGGAGUAACAUCUGCACAAUAUUGGCUUGGGUUUUCCGCUACAGGAGCUGCAGCUGCCCUGUUUGGAUUCAUUCUUCCUUUGAUUGAGCUUUUAUAUAAGAAAACCACACGCCGAAUAACAUACUCUCUUGUUAUGGAGAUGCAGUUUAUUAUGUCCUCUUCCGCGACUGUUGUGUGUACAAUAGGCAUGAUUGUGAACAAGGAUUUCCAGGCUAUUGGGAAGGAGGCAAGGUCAUUCGAUGUUGGGGAAUUGAAUUACUACAUGUGUCUGGUGUGGAACGCAAUCUGCUGGCAGCUUUCCUUAAUAGGGCUGUAUGGUGUCAUCUUUUUGACCUCUUCUCUCCUGAGUGCCAUAUUCAUGGCUUCUUUAACUCCUAUGGUGGAGGUGCUAGCAGUUGUCAUACUCCAUGAGAAAUUCACCGGGGAGAAAGGCAUGGCUCUCGCUAUGGCUUUGUGGGGAUUUACAUCAUAUUUGUAUGGGGAAUACCAGAACUCUAUAUUACAGAGCAGCAAUAUGCCAGAGGAGAAUGGACAAGGUCGUGAGUCUGCCAUCCUUAAAGAAGAAGAGUCGAGUUUGGAGCUGGUUGUUGAGGAACCCAAGUCUAACAAAACCCCAUAAUCCACUAUUUUCUUCUUCCUUCAAACAUAUGUAAUGUGUACUACUUUGUUUAACAUGCUUGCUAUAUUGUUGUGCACAAUAUGUGUAGCAGUCUCUUGCCGUAUUGGGCUAAAACCCAAGUUAAGAUUACACCAUAUAGUGCUUCCUAUAUUUUUCGAAACUUUCAAGCAGCCCGGCCUGCCUUCCUGCUUUCCCAGCAUCUGAACGUGUAAGAUAUGUGCCAGAGGUUCUGCGAACUGAACUUUCUUAAAAAUGUAGGUUUUUCUGUUUUAA